AUGAGGGGAAGGAGAGAUGCUGGAAAGAGAACAGAAGGAAAGGUGAAGAGGAAAGAGGAGAAAAAGUCACACAAGGCAGGAUGUGUGGAGGGCCGAGCGUGUGCACCGAUCUCCCGCUCCCUCCAUCUCUCCGUCAUCCCUCAUUCAUCCUUCGCUCACCUCGGGAACCUCCGGCCCGGAACUCUUUCCUCUGGUCGGCUUGAUAAACCAGCAGGAGACAUGAAGUCCAUACUGAACGCUCUGAAGAAAGAAGUGCCUUUCCGAGAGGCUCCAGCAGCGGUGGUGAGUUCAGGCAGGAGCAGGCCUCAGCAGGGUCAGACUGGCCGGAGCACUCUGGCCGCACCUCGCGUGCUCCUGCGUUCCAACAGUGACAACAACCUGAACGUUAACAAGCUCUCGGCACCGCACACGCCCUCGCGCUCGCCCUCGCCCUCACGCUCACCGUCGCCUUCGCCCCUGCGCAGCCUGUCACCCCGCAGGCCCCAGCAGAUGCAGAACAGCUCCAAUGGCACGGUAAAGAGCAUGGGCCGGGGGGCCAGGCACCCCCCGCGCAGCCGCUCGCCCUCGCUGGGCCGCCUGGGGGACGGUGACGCCCGCAGACACCCACCCCAGCGCCACAGCAGUCCUCGUCCCGGUCGUGAUGGUUUCUCUGGGGCAGAGACUCCAGGGUCCAAGCGCCGGAUGUACAGCGCUGUGCCUGGGAGACAUUACGUGGUGGUAAAGUCUUAUCAACCCCAGGCUGAGGGAGAAAUCGCCCUGUUCAAGAAUGACAGAGUCAAAGUUCUUAGUGUUGGUGAAGGGGGAUUCUGGGAGGGCAGCGCACGAGGUAACGUCGGAUGGUUUCCCUCUGAAUGUGUGGAGGAAAUCCCCAACAAGCCUAACGAGGACCGACCCUGUAAGUCAAUACACACGAAUACACAUUCACAGUGUGUAUGGAUAGUGCAUUUUGCCAUAUGAAAAGGUACAAACAUUCAUUCCGCUCUUUACCCCGAGUUUAACUCUUUUAACCAGAGGCCAAAAAAAUGGAAUUUGUGCCUAUUUUGUGUGUGCCCGUGUUUAGCAUUGAAUUUAUUUGUGAUGUCACACUCCACAGUAGUGGUUAAUGGCUCAUGUGAAAGUAGACUCAGGGCUUUAAGAAUCUGCAGUUGUUCAUAGGUAUUUCAUUUUUACCUAUUCUAUUAGG